CGGGCCGUGGAGCGUGUGACGCUGCGGCCGCAGCGGACCUGGGGAUUAAUGGGAAAAGUUUUGGCAGGAGCUGGAGAAUUCUGCGGAGCCUGCGGGACUGCGGCGGUGGCGCCGUAGGCAGCCGGGACAGUGUUGUACAGUGUUUUGGGCAUGCACAUGAUACUCACACAGUGGCUUCUGCUCACCAACAGAUGAAGACAGAUGCACCAAUGAGGGGUAGGAGGUUCUCACCAAGAGUCUGAACAAUGCUCUGGGUUUCCCAUUGCUGUUUCCAUGUUCUCAGGAUGCCUGGCAGGUUUUAUAAACUCUCAAAGUGGAGCUCCAGGGAAUACAAUGUUCAUUGUCCUCUUUGGAAGGCUGGAUUGUGGGUCCCUGCUGGGGGCCGGGGAAACGUGGGCCUCCUGCCUGGUUUGUUUUAAUCUCUGAAGUUCAGUGGUUCCAGUAGCUGUUUGUGGGCUUCACUUCCCCUUCUCUGCCUUUAACACCCUGCAGGUUUUCCUGUUGUCAGACAGGGUGGUGAGUCCCUGUGUCUCUCUGUCCGUAGGGGUCAGGUUGUUUGUAGAUCUUUCAGGAAGGUCCUGGGUGGGGUGGCCCUCCUGCUUUCAAACCCAUACCAAAUGUUUUCCUCUGAAGGGAAUGUAAGGGAAGAAGAAGCGGGGAGUUUCAGAGGCUUCUGAGGUUCCCCAAGAGGGAAGAGGUCGAAGUACCCCUUGAGCAGGGAGAGCUACUGAGUUGAACUGAUUUGCUUUGUCAUUUGCUUUAGCAGCAGCUAGGCCCAGUGGCAGCAAUUGUACAUGCAUUUCCAGGGGUCAGUUGUCCAGUUCAUCCCUGAACCUUGAGCUCUCAGUCACAGGCUGAUGGGAACCACCCUGUAGAGGUCCAUCUGCGUUCAGACCCAGACGAUGCCAGAGCUAUGACCAGGCCUGCAGGCGUGGCGCCGAGGGGAGAUCAGCCAUGGAGCAGCCACAGGAGGAAGCCCCUGAGGUCCGGGAAGAGGAGGAGAAAGAGGAAGUGGCAGAGGCAGAAGGAGCCCCAGAGCUCAAUGGGGGACCACAGCAUGCACUUCCUUCCAGCAGCUACACAGACCUCUCCCAGAGCUCCUCGCCACCCUCACUGCUGGACCAGCUGCAGAUGGGCUGUGACGGGGCCUCGUGUGGCAGCCUCAACAUGGAGUGCCGGGUGUGCGGGGACAAGGCAUCAGGCUUCCACUACGGCGUUCAUGCAUGUGAGGGGUGCAAGGGCUUCUUCCGUCGGACGAUCCGCAUGAAGCUGGAGUACGAGAAGUGUGAGCGCAGCUGCAAGAUUCAGAAGAAGAACCGCAACAAGUGUCAGUACUGCCGUUUCCAGAAGUGCCUGGCACUGGGCAUGUCACACAACGCUAUCCGUUUCGGCCGGAUGCCAGAGGCUGAGAAGAGGAAGCUGGUGGCAGGGCUGACGGCAAAUGAGGGGAGCCAGUACAACCCACAGGUGGCCGACCUGAAGGCCUUCUCCAAGCACAUCUACAAUGCCUACCUGAAAAACUUCAACAUGACCAAAACGAAGGCCCGCAGCAUCCUCACUGGCAAAGCCAGCCACACAGCGCCCUUUGUGAUCCACGACAUCGAGACAUUGUGGCAGGCAGAGAAGGGGCUGGUGUGGAAGCAGCUGGUGAACGGCCUGCCUCCCUACAAGGAGAUCAGCGUGCAUGUCUUCUACCGCUGCCAGUGCACCACGGUGGAGACUGUGCGGGAGCUCACCGAGUUCGCCAAGAGCAUCCCCAGCUUCAGCAGCCUCUUCCUCAAUGACCAGGUUACCCUUCUCAAGUAUGGCGUGCACGAGGCCAUCUUCGCCAUGCUGGCCUCCAUCGUCAACAAGGAUGGGCUGCUGGUAGCCAACGGCAGUGGCUUUGUCACCCGCGAGUUCCUGCGCAGCCUCCGCAAACCCUUCGGUGAUAUCGUUGAGCCCAAGUUUGAAUUUGCUGUCAAGUUCAACGCCCUGGAACUUGACGACAGUGACCUGGCCCUAUUCAUUGCGGCCAUCAUUCUGUGUGGAGACCGGCCAGGCCUCAUGAACGUUCCACAGGUGGAGGCUAUCCAGGACACCAUCCUGCGUGCCCUCGAAUUCCAUCUGCAGGCCAACCAUCCUGAUGCCCAGUACCUCUUCCCCAAGCUGUUGCAGAAGAUGGCUGACCUGCGGCAGCUGGUCACCGAGCAUGCGCAGAUGAUGCAGCGGAUCAAGAAGACCGAGACCGAGACCUCGCUGCACCCUCUGCUCCAGGAGAUCUACAAGGACAUGUACUAGGGGCGGCGCCCAGGCCUCCCUGGAGGCUCCAGUGGGGCCAGCACUGGAGGGGCCCACCCAAGUGACUUUUCCGUUGACCAGCCCUUGAGCACCCGGCCUGGAGCAGCAGAGUCCCAUGCUCGCUGUGAGACACAUGACACCCACCGCCUCUGGCUCCCUGUGCCCUCUCUCCCACUUCCUCCAGUCAGCUCUCUUCCUGUCUAUUGUCUCCCUCUUUCUCAGUUCCUCUUUCCUUUCUAAUUCCCUUGCUCUAUUUCUUCCUUUCUGUAGGCUUCUCCUCUUCCCUUCUCCCUUGCCCUCCCUUUCUCUCUCCACCCCCAUGUCUGUCCUCGUUUCUUAUUCUGUGAGAUGUUUUGUAUGAUUUCACCAGCAGCAUAGAACAGGACCUCUGCUUUUGCACACGCUUUUCUCCAGGAGCAGAAGGGAGUGGGGCCUGCCCUCUGCCCCAUCAUUGCACCUGCAGUCUUAGGGUCCUCACUUCUGUCUCCUGUCUUCAGAGCAAAAGACUUGAGCCAUCCAAAGAAACACUAAGCUGUCUGGGCCUGGGUUCCAGGGAAGGCUGAGCAUGGCCUGGACUGACUGCAGCAGCCUGUAGUCCUGGGGUCCCCGCUGUAAAGGACAGUGGGCAGGAGGCCCAGGCUGAGAGCCAGAUGCCUCCCCAAGACUGUAAUUGCUCCUUCGAGGCUGAGGCCACCCACUGACCCAACUGAUCCUGCUCCAGCAGCACUCCUCAGCCCCACUGACACCCAGCGUCCUUCCAUCUUCUUCACACUGGUUUGCCAGGCCAGUGUUGCUGAUGGCCCCCUGCACUGGCCGCUGGACGGCAGUCUCCCAGCUUGGAAGUAGGCAGGGUUCCCUCCAGGUGGGCCCCCACCUCAUUGAAGAGGAGCAAGUCUCAAGAGAAGGAGGAGGGGUUGGUGGUUGGAGGAAGCAGCACACCCAAUUCUGCCCCUAGGACUGGGGUCUGAGUCCUGGGGUCAGGCCAGGGAGAGAGCUCAGGGCAGGCCUUCGCCAGCACCCCCACUGCCCCCCUGCCCAGUAGCAGCCACCCACAUUGUGUCGGCACCCAGGGCCAGGGCCUGGCCUCACAUCCCACUGCUCCUUUCUCUAGCUGGCUCCAUGGGAGCUCAGGUCCCACUCUCCCUGAAACUGCCCCCUCCAGCACACACACAAGCACUGAAAUCACUUUACCUGCAGGCUCCAUGCACCUCCCUUCCCUCCCUGAGGCAAGUGAGAACCCGGAGAGAGGGGCCUGCAGGUGGGCAGGCAGGGCUGGGCCAGGUCUCUGGGGAGGCAGGGGUCCUGCAGGUCCUGCUGAGUCAGCCCAGCACCUGCUCCCAGUGGGAGCUUCCUGGGAUAAACUGAGCCUGUUCAUUCUGAUGUCCAUUUGUCCCAACAGCUCUGCCGCCCUCCUCUUCCCCUUUAUUCAGCCCAGCUGGCCACCUAGAAGUCUCCCUGCACAGCCUCUGGUGUCCGAGGACCUUGUGGGACCAGUCCCACACCGCUGGUCCCUGCCCUCCCCUGCUUCUAGGUUGAGGUGCGCUCACCUCAGAACAGGGCCAAAGCACAGCUGGGCAUGCCAUGUCUGAGUAGGGCAGAGCCCUCCAGGCCUGCAGGGGCAAGGGGCUGGCUGCAGUCUCAGAGCACAGAGGUAGGAGAGCUGGAGUUCGAGCCCAGGCUUCCUGGGUCCUGCCUGGUCCUCCCUCCCAAGGGGCCAUUCUGUGUGUGACUGGGUGGAAGUGCCCAGCCCUUGCCCCUACCAGCGCUGUGGCCUCCCUUCCAUGCCCCAGGAUCACUCUCUACUGGCAGGAUUCUUCCAGCUCCCCACCCACCCAGCUGAUGGGGGUUGGGGUGCUUCCUUUCAGGCCAAGUCUAUGAAGGGACGGCUGCUGGGACCCACCUCCCCCCACCGUGCCGCGUCCCUGCCCCGACCCGGGUCUGGUGCUGAGGAUGCAGCUCUUCUCAGUGUCUGAACAAUCUCCAAAAUUGAAAUGUAUAUUUUUGCUAGGAGCCCCAGCUUCCUGUGUUUUUAAUAUAAAUAGUGUACACAGACUGACGAAACUUUAAAUAAAUGGGAAUUAAAUAUUUAAGAGCUGA